AAUAAUCAAUAUUAUUGCAGCGCACCGCACAACAACCACCGUGUCUUAUCCCUAAUUUGGAAUCCCAAUUCCCUAGUAUACCGAUUACCGAAUUUCUGUCUGUUCACUGUUGUGUAAAGUAAAAGUAUUAUUUGGGAUUGCAGUAGUCCUCUAUUGGAACUUGAAAAUAUAUGAACGUCAGCAGGUUGCAGGACAGUCGCGUCGUUUACAAGGAUCUGGUCGAUAGUUUAUAGAUUCCUGUAAAAUAUGGCUGACGAAAAAAAUAUUGGAGAUCAACAUAACAAUACUGAUCCAAAACAAAAAUUUGAAGUUGAAAUUCCUGGAAAAAGACAGUAUGAUAUAGUUGUGCUAGGUGCUUCAGGAUUCACUGGAAAACGUGUGGUUAUAGAAUUAGCUCGUAUGAGCCAAAAAUAUUCACUGACAUGGGCAGUAGCUGGUCGUAAUGAUAUUAAACUUCAAGAAGUAUUGGAUAACGUAAAUACAUUUGUUGAUGAUUUUGAUGCCAAACAAAUUGGCAUAAUAAAUGCCACAAUUGAAAAUUUUAAAAGUUUGGAGCAAAUGGCAUCUAUCACUUCUGUAUUAAUAAAUUGUGUUGGUCCCUAUUACAUAUAUGGCGAAGUAGUUGUCAAAGCCUGUAUAUCAAAUAGAACUCAUUACGUUGAUGUAACUGGUGAAUCCUUGUUUAUGGAAACAAUGGUACAUAAAUAUAACAGCGAAGCUGAGAAAAAUAAUGUAGUCAUUGCAAGUGCUUUAGGAAUGGAAAGUGUUCCUGCUGAUCUGGGUGUUGAAUACCUGUAUCAAAAGUUCAAUGGUGAUUUACAAAAUAUUGAUAUUUAUAUGAAACUCUACGCCAGUGCAUUUGAAUUUAGUUCUAGCGGAAUGAUUCAUGUUGGUACAUGGGCCAGUGCAAUAAUUCAUUUUGCAACAGCUAAUGAGCGUGUAAAGAUGAGACAAUUGUUAGAUGAAUCCAUAGGUAUAACUACUAGACCAAAACCUAAUAUUACAAAGAUACUACAUAAACAAGAAAUUGGUAAUCACAUUCAGUGGUGUGUACCUUUUCCAGAACCAGAUCAAGCAGUUAUCGCUAGAUCAUUGCAUCAUGCUAAAACUGUAGAAAAGCGAAAUAUUAAUUUUGAAGUUAGAAACUAUAUGGUGUUUGGCUAUUUAAUUUCAGCCAUUAUUGGGCUUUUUGUGUUUGUUUUUCUAUCAUUUAUGUCUACAUUCACUCCCUUAAAGAAUCUAUUUAUUCGAUUUCCUAGGCUAUUUUCUUUGGGGGUUGUGAGUAACCAGGGACCUACUGAAAGAAUUAUGGAAAAUUCACGAAUGUCUUUAACUUUAAUUGGCCGAGGAACAACAUCCAUCGAUAAUACAAACAGCAAAAAAGAUAUUAGAACUACUAUUGCUAGGAUAAAAGUAAAAAAUCCAGGCUAUGGGUUUACAAGUAAAGCAGUUGUUUUAGGAGCAGUGACUCUAAUCAAGGACAACAUUACAAAUGGAGGAGUACUGACACCGGCAUCAGCGUUUAGAAAAACUGAUUAUAUGAAACGUCUAAUUGAAAAUGAUGCUGCCACGUUUGAGAUAAUAUCAGAAACAGUAAAUUCCAAGCCACAUACAGAAUAAAUUUAUAUGGUGUUAGUUUAAAUUUGUAAGGGUUUUUUAAAAUGUAUUUUAAUUCAUUGUUUUUGUUUGUACCAAUCUUUUUAUUUUAUAUACUUACUCGUAUGUCCUCUGAAUACAUAUAUAUUACUCCCCGUUUGUUAAAUUUAUUACCUAAUGAAAUUCAUU